AUGAUCGUGAAGGUGUUCGACCACAUCUACAUCAGCAACGUGUAUAAUGCAAACGACAUUUACCACCUGAUCAAUUUAAACAUCGGGGGGGUCCUGACGUGCUUCCGGUGCAUGAGCAUCGAGUGGUGCCACCACGACCCCAAGGAGAACCGAAAGGUUUUCUAUAAAGAUAAGUUCCUAAGCUGCAAGGGGGAGUUCUUGAGGGACCCCGGGGGGAGGGACUCCCCUUUGCCACUAUGCCACGGCGGUUUAGCAGCGGGAAAGGGGUCCCAGUUGGCCUCAAAAUUGAUCCCGUCUAGCGGCAGUGCAGGGGAGAAACCCCCCGAGGGAGGAGACACCUCUUCAGAUGGUGCAACGGAACACAGCGAGGGGGACCUCUUUGCAAAACCAUAUGCACACUACGAUUAUGUGAUUUACCCCCUCGAAAUUGUUAAGAAGAAAAUUUCCAAGGAGACCAUCGAUGACUACGUAAAAGCGAUGGUGCAGUUGAAGGACGACGUGGAGGUGAAUUGCGUCCCCGUGGUGGGGAGCGAAGCGUCAGCAUCGGCAGACGAGGAGGUGGGGAAGUACCAAGGUGACGUGGUAGACGCGUCGCAGAGCAGCGGGGGAGAGGAGAGCCGAGCGAGACGGAGAAGCAGCAGCUUGGCAGACGAGCAAACUGUGCCGGACAGGACCACUCACAGGUAUGGCAGUAGUAAUAGUAGUGGAAAUGGUGCGAAGGAGGGGGUCUCCAGAAGUGCCGAACAUUUAAACGUGGCUAGCCAACAUGAUGGGGGGGUGCCCCCUGUCCCCUCUGCUAUUUCUCCUGGUGACCCCUCUGUUACUUCUCCGGGUGACCCCCCCGAGAUGACCCCCCUGAAGGGACUGCCAACGCAGCGAACCACUCAGACGGUGUGCGAAUUGAACCAAAUCCUGAGGGAUGGAAAGAAUAAAAACGUGCCGUCUAGUAAUAUUUACCAAAUGAAACACAUGUAUUUGGAUAUCCUAGAUACUUUUGAUGAGAAUAUCCUGAAGCAUGUAGACCAGGCACAUGCCUUCAUCGAUGACGUGAUUAGGAGCGACAAGAAUGUGCUGGUGCAUUGCAUGGCGGGGAUUUCACGCUGCUCUUCUAUUAUCCUCUCCUACAUUUCGAAGAAGAAUGGAAAGGGUAUUGCCCAGAACUUUGCCAUUCUAAAGGACCGCUACCCGUUCGCCCACCCAAACGAAGGCUUCUACAGGCAGCUGCUGCUCUACGAGCGGAUGAACUACACCUUAGAUGGACGCAGCGAAUACCACCGCGCCUAUGAAGAGAUAACGCGCGACCGGGGUGCCCUGGAGCGGCUGAAGUGCCUGAACCUUAAAAAUGAGCCGGACGCGACGUACAAGUUUAGAUGCAAGCUCUGCAGGUUUACCCUCUUCAACGACAACGACGUCAUUCAGCACCAGCUGGACAAAUUCAAGAUAAAGAAGAAGUACGGCCACUCAUGCACAAGCAUCUUCAUCGAGAAGAAGGAGUGGCUCCUCACGGAGCAGAAAAUGAAGGGCGUCUUGACGUGUCCAAACAGAAGUUGCAGCGCAAAACUAGGCAAGUGGUCCUGGACGGGGAUCUGCUGCUCGUGUGGCUACUUACAAACUCCUGCCUUCAUGAUAAACGCGUCCAACGUCGACCGCAUGAAGAUUAACCCCGACUGA